AUGCAGCGGAUAGAUGACAUUGGCUGGCUCGGUUUGGGCCUCAGCGAAAGUAAGAAGUUUACUCUUUUGGAUCAUGGUCGUUUAGAUCGUGUGAUUACCGAAAUGGGCGAUCCCGCGAAUCAGUAUCCGACAUUAUGCGUAUACAUGGGCGGCAGAUCCAAAGAUGCUUGUCUUCGGCGGCUGUAUCCAAAUAACAACAUAAAACGGCAUGCCUCAACCGCUGAGAUUAAACUACGCUAUGAUAUUGAUUCCUUAAAUACCACGCGGCCAGCGCUAUUCACGGACGGAGACCUGAAAUGCAUGCCAUCCGCCUACCCCUCUACGAAUGGCCGACCUAAGUUCGAACGCUCGAUCUCAUGGGAUGCAUCAUCUGCAGAGAAAGCCCUGUAUAUUAUCUGGGCCCGCUUGGUUUUUCUUUUCGCUGAUGUAAUCUGUGUGUUUGCUAAUGACUUUGGUGAUCUUCUUGAUGUGGCUGGCUUUUUGCUAGAAUGUCUUAGCCUGCAAGCACCAUCAUCAUUACCAUCCGCCGUUCGGCCGCGGGUAAUCAUAGUGCUGGAGGCCCGCUUGGAUGGGGAACAAGAGGAUAUACAGAAUGUGGAGCAUUUCUACUGCAAGUUACACAAGGACGGUCCCAACCUGAGGGAGUACUUUUCGGCGAUCCAUCUGAUCCGUUUGGAAAGCAGUCAUCUGUCAGAAAAUGCUCGGUAUGAGCGGCUGAGGGCAUUAAUUAUGGGCCAGUUGGAUGACAUGCGCAAUGUUCGUGAAGACCACAGAGCUUUAUUCAGUGCAACCCACCUCGGAGCGCUCUUCCGUUUGGCGUUUCAGCACACAGCAGAAGGUAUCUGCCGACCCUUUGAUUUUGUGAAGGCAACUAGAGCACAGGAUGAGGUCCCCUCAACGCUGAGCAGGAGCCUGGCACACUACCUAGAGAUAGGAGCGAAGGCGGGGCUCCGGUACGAGGAGCUCGCCACCUCCAUCUCAUCGGCUCUCUUGAUGGACCAUUACAUCCCAGGGAUGCUAGCGCUAGAGCCUCGGGCUAUCUUCCAGACGCUGUAUCGUCCUGCUGUCCGAGACGCGCUCCACAUUCUCGGGUGGUAUCAACCAGGUAAAACUAUCGAGGAGCUGGUAGGUGUUGUUGAGUGCCGGUUGGUGGACCAAUUUGAACUGCUUGACCGUACGGGUCAAUCAUCCUUAGAGUUUCGGCGCGAGCAGCUAAGGGCCUCCAGUGGACGGAUCUGUCAGAUAAGAUCUAACAAGAUUUGUCUUGUGUGCCUUUUCCGGGUUGCGCAGCAUCGCCUGGAUUGUGGUCACACACUCUGCGAUCUUUGUGCUCAAUUAUUUGGUACUCCCGCACCAGAUAUUGAGUAUAAUUUCACAAUCGACGCCUGCCUUUGUUGCCUUUACCAAAGACCGCUUGUAAUAGAUGUCUUACCCCCAACAAUGAAUCCUACAGUUCUUGCUAUUGACGGUGGUGGAGUCCGAGGGGUUAUUCCCUUGGAGUUUCUGAUCCUUGUCCAGGAGAGUCUCGGUUGUUGCCCUCUGCAAGACCUUAUUGACCUCGCGGUUGGAACAAGUUCGGGAGGCCUCAGCAUACUAGGCUUAUUCAAUAUGCAGUGGGGUGUCAAGAAGUGUGCCGAUGUCUUUGACCGUAUGGCACGUCGUAUAUUUCAUGAAAGACGCAGUUCGACACUAGCCCGUGCAUCGCAAGCUAUGUUUGGAAGUCAUUCUUUUCUCGGAACUGUUCACAAAUGGCUCUUAUGGCUUCUUUAUGAUUCCUGUUACGAUGGACGUGUUUUUGAUCUGGCUCUAAAGGAAGUCUAUACGAUUAAUAAUCGUAUAUUCGACAGUCUUCUCCUGGAAGCUUCCAGUACAAGGUACUCCAAGACUAAAGUGGGUGUCGUUGCAACUAGCAUUGCUAGAGAGACCAGGUCUUUCGUGUUCGGGAACUUCAACGGGACAGAAACCGCCGCUGAAGAUUGUGGAUACGAGAUCGUCCGGCCAGUCGAGACGGGCUCGGAGCCGUUUGUAUGGGAAGCAGCGAGGGCUACCGCGGCUGCCCCCUUCUUCUUCCCCCCAGCCGAUAUUCGCGGAAUUGGUUCAUUCCAGGACGGAGGACUCCGUGACAAUCUCGCCGCGGACAUUGCACGCCGAUUAUGCCGUCAAAUUUGGCCCUCUCGGAAGCAUCCAGCAAGGCUUCUAUCGAUGGGCACAGGUGUGACGGCUAGAGGUUCCGACCGACCACCGCAUUUCCGGCAUGUCUUUCAGGACGGCUUUCUACGACGAGGGUUUGAUGCUUGGAUGUCCUCCAUGGAUACUGAAAGUAAAUGGUUGGAAAUGAUUGGGCAGCUGGAGGACAUCUAUAAGGAGGACUAUCUUCGGCUGAACAUACCUCUUCGAGAUAUGCCUUGCGCCAUCGAUACAGUCGAGGUGAUGGAGGAAUACCGGAACCUUGUUACCAUCUCCCCGGGAAGCGCUCGGAUGGCGAGAGAGGCGGCGACGGCGUUACUUGUGUCCCGAUUCUAUUUUGUCCUUGAAACUUUACCGGAAGAUACUGUCACACCGUUUUGGUGCUAUGGGACCAUACGGUGCAAGGGUCGUGCGAAGCAGGUGGUCGAUGCAUUGGGGCAUCUCCACCCUCAAGGCCUAGAUUAUUUAACUGACUCUGAAACCAUAGGGCCACUAAAGGGACUAAGUGAACUCUGUUCGGCUUGUGGAAGAUACUGCCGGCCGGUAUCAUUCCUUGUCGCCCAUCCAGAUAAGGUCGUCAAUAUUUACCUAAAGACACCCACAAAAAAGAGAUGGAGAAUAAGCGGCUUUCCUGAGAGUAUGGCAUCAUUCACUGGAUGCCAGCAGUUGUAUGCGCCAUUUGGCCGUCGUGAUCAUGGUCGGUUGGGCUCCUCUCCAUGUAGCAGUUGUGAUAGACGGGGGAGACCCACUCACGGGAUGAGGCGGAAACGUUCGUCGGGGAAGUCUUGGAACAGUCCCACUAAGAGGUUUCGUUCCACGGAUGCAGAUCAGGACGAACUGAAAACUAGUCGACUAGUUAGAUCCAACAAGGUUGAACUUCUUCCACAAGCAGAAACGAUGGGAGGUCCGGACCCUGGACGGCAUGAGCGCAAAACAUUCAGGAAAAGAAGCAGCACCUUGCUAGGCAAGGCACAUGAGCUUGCGGCCCUUUCCGGGGCAAACGUCUACGUUAUAAUCGAUCAUCCGCGCGCUACAGUGGAGUAUAAUUCUGUCGGAAACAGGAACUGGCUUCCAUCUGAUGAAAAUCUUGAGAGCAUAUACCCCAGCCUACAGCGGCUAUCCUUUGCCGACAUGGAGAAGGCAAGGGGAAAUUACAAUGGAGAAGAGUUAACACAGUUGCUUCAAUACAUUGAAUACAGACGUGCGGGGGGACACUGGCCAACAUACAAGUUAUCCGAGAAGGUGACUGACAUGGACCACCAGAAUCCCCAGCAAAAGAACCUUAAUCGUGCCUCAUGGAGGUCACAAUGUCGAAAUCACCUUGCGCAACACAUCUGUAAGGCUGCGACUUUAUGUUCACAACCUUUUCACUCACUGUUAGGGACAGGGGAACAACUCGGAAUCCAGCUGAAGCCUGAGGAAGUAAGGCUAAAGUCCACCGAGGAGUUACAAUACGUAUGGAAAAUUGAUGAUCCUUUACUUGAACCUGUGUUUGACAAGCACCUGAGCAAACACUCGAUGGGGGUAUACAUGCAGUUGUCACGAGAGGUCGGCAAGUCUUUCCAUGCUGUUCGUUAUGAAGGGAUAAUUCAGCGGCCGCCGAAGCCUCUACUGCAUGAUCAAUAUGAACAAGUCAAGGAAGAAAAAGCUCAGCUCCUUAUAAAGUUACAACAGGCGGAGAAGGAUAUAGUGGCUCUGGAAUUGGCGAGGGCUGAAGCGAAAGAAGAUGUGCAGGCCUACGAGACCAUGAUUCACGAGUCACAAAUGGCUCUAAAUCUUCAUCAACAGGACAUUCAGCACUGGAUCAUGGUGGCAACAUACUAUCAGGGAAAUUACACACGACUUGCCAAUGCACUAAAGUACUUGAUUGCAUUUGCCCAAGGUGUUGAAUCUGAAGCCUCACCUCUCCUACCUGAAUGA